AUGUUUAAAUUUGAAGAGGCGCCCACGUUCACCGAGGUCCCUGAGCAAGCAGAAAUGUUAUUCAUAAACGGUCAUGAGGUUAAACUUCCUUGUAAAGCAUCAGGCCACCCAGAACCUAUAUAUCGGUGGAGAAAGGAUGGAGUCCUCCUCACUGAAUUGGGAUUGGAUAUCAAACAGAUGGUCGGCGAAGGAACAAUUGUCAUUAAUAAACCUGAAAAAUACCAUGCAGGUGUGUAUCAGUGCUUGGCUAAAAAUGAUUAUGGGACAGCAAUAACGCAAAAUAUUACGCUGAAGAAAGCUUAUCUGGAUUCCUUUCCUACCUUUCUGAAGCCGAACGUGCAUAGACCCCAGGUGGGUGAUUCUUUGGUUUUGAAGUGCAAUCCGCCAAAAAGUCACCCACCUGCGAGUGUCUACUGGGGCGUCUACAAGAAUCAAUCCAAACACAACCCCAUCAUUAACUCGGAAAGAAUUUCUUUAGACCCUGCUGGCAACUUGUAUUUUGGAAACGUACGAGAGGAAGAUAACAAAGGUGAAUUCUUGUACGUGUGCAUUGCGCAGAAUUCUAUAUUGAGGACUCUCGUCCAGGGAGAUGAUCAGAGGAUCAUACCAAGAGUCAGACCAGGCCCUCCCACUUUGAUCCCACCUGCCCUUCUCUAUCCGAUGACCUCAAAUGAUGAGGCUGUCCAGGGCAGGAGCAAGACACUCAAGUGCAUCUUUUCAGGAUUUCCCACCCCAGAAAUCACGUGGUAUAAAAAUGAGACCCAUGAAAAAAAAUUUCUGGGCAAGGGUCAAGAACUUUUCAUUCAAAAUGUCACCUACAACGAUGAAGGCCACUACGUGUGUGAAGCUACCUCGAAAAAAUUUAAAACGUCUGAAGAUGAAACUGCAGUCUUUGAAUGCAUAGCUCAAGGAAGACCGAAACCUGAAGUACACUGGUUCAUUGAUGGAGAAUAUUUACAUGAGGAUCGAAAAGAUCAGAGGAUCGACAUAAGCAGGAGCGGUAGGUUGGAGUUCCGAAAUUUAACCAAAUCGGAUUUCCACGUCAUCCAGUGCACGUCAAAGAAUGAAUAUGGUGAAAUUCUGGCCAACAUGAAGUUGAAGAUAUUAGCCGAGCCACCGGGUUUCAUCAUAGAGCCCUCAAAUAUGACAGUGGCUGAGGACCAGUCGGCCAUGCUCCACUGCAAGGUGUCUGGGGCUCCGAAACCUCAUCUCAUGUGGCAGAAGAGUCCCCAGCUGUUCAUUCUAUCGCAGGAUGUCGAUAACGACGUGUAUACAUUUCAUCACAAUGGAAGUCUGGAGAUUAAAAAAGUCUCGAAAAAAGACCAGGAUGUGUACUCUUGCUACCUUCAGAACAAGUUUGGGACAACUGUCUCAUCCUCAUAUCUGAAUGUUAUAGACAGAACACGCAUAACGACCUUGCCAAUCUCCCAAGAGGUUAAUGCAUCUUCAGAUGUUACCUUCAGCUGUUCAGCCACAACAGACAGUUCUAUGUUGGACAAGUUGGAGAUCAAAUGGCUCUUCAAUGAUAAUCCGAUAGAAGCAUCAAACAGCAGGUAUAGGCUGGAGAAUAAUAAUGAGCUCCUUGUUCUACCUAAUGUACAAGUUGGCGAUAGUGGUUCGUACACGUGUGUAGCUGGUAAUGGGAUUGAUGAAGUUAAUAAGUUGGCCACUUUAAUCGUUAAAGAUAAACCAGGACCUCCCGUUUCAGUGAGGGUUGCUGGGUGUUCAUUCGGAACUUCGGAGAUAUCUUGGUCGCAAGGAGCGUUAAAUAAUGUCCCAUUGUCAUCUUAUAUUGUAUAUUACAAUACAUCUUACGAGCUAGCAUACGAGAAUAAGUUUGUGAAAGCCUGUGAAGUUAAAAGUAGCACCGAUAGAUGCGCUGUGCUGCUAACUCCAUACACCAACUACUCAUUCCACGUUGUUGCAAUCAACGAACUGGGAAUGAGGAGCAGUCCCAGUGAGUUCUCAACGGAUACAUGCUCCACACCACAAGCUCCUCCUCCACGCCAUCCAAAUAAGGUCUGCACUCGAUCACAGGAGCCCGGGACUCUCGUUAUUGAGUGGGAGCCAAUGAUAAAGGCUGAACACUAUGGCGAGAAAUUUCAUUACCUGGUGGUCUACACUCGGCUGUACAGCGACGACAACGAAUACACCAGUGACGAGAUGGAAACUCUUUUCAAGCCGGUUCAGACGCGUGUUGAUGAUUGGAGACAGAAUGAGCUGGUCAUCCAAGACCAGCCGAUAUACCACAGAUACAACAUUACCGUUGAGGCAGUCAACAAGAUUGGACCUGCCAUCGACACUCCUAAACCAGUUAUCGGCUUCUCGAGUCAAGAUGUUCCUACCGCCAUCCCUAAAAAAUUAUCCAUAAUAAAUGAAACGCUGAAAAGUACGAGCGUACGAUUCAGAUGGAACCAAAUAGAGGAAAGUGAUCCGGAACAUCUCAAAGGAUUUUUUGUGGGAUACAGGAUAGUAUUCUGGAGACAACAAGCUCCUGAUAUAAAGAGACAAAAAGACGAUAUUAUCGUGAAAUGGCUGCCUUGUUUGGUUGAUUCUCAAAGAAACGAUGACGAUCACCAAAUAGAAGUUAACGAGGAGCGCGAAAUGAUAGUCGACACGUUGUGGCCAUACUCAAAAAUUGUGGCUGCUGUCGUAACUUUGAAUGGGGCUAAAGCGUCUGAAUACAGCGACCUUGUCUACUUUGAAACUCCACAGGGAUGUAAGUUCCACAUCUAG